UGUUUUUGGCCAAAUUUUCAGAAGCAAUUGAAUUUUAUAGUUUGCCGUAAAUUCUCGUACUCUAUCCGGGCCAAAACUAAAAAAUGGAACACUUUUAAGACCAAAUUGUUUUCAGCCACUGAAAGUCAGUUCUAACUCUUAGCCAUUGAAAUGCUGAAGCAUACAGAACCUUCUCAUUCCCUGCUUCAACAACCAGAUUCACGUCAAAGCUUCCUCUUUUCUCGUCUCCAAACCUGUAAAACCCAGCAAGAGAUAAAGCAGCUUCAUGCUUUAUCCCUCAAAACUGGCAAUUUCAACCACCCUUCAAUGGCUUCUCGCUUCUUAGCUUUUUACGCAGACCCCAAAAUUAACAAUCUAGACUAUGCUCGCUCCGUGUUCGAGCAAAUUCAAGAACCCAAAUUGUUAUCUUGGAAUAUUAUCAUAAAGUGUUACAUUGAAAACCAAAGAUCCAACGAUGCCGUUGCUCUGUUCUAUGAGUUGCUUCAUGAACUCACACCUGAUGUUUUUACCUUGCCUUGUGUGAUAAAGGGUUGUGCUCGGUUGAAUGCGAUCCAGGAAGGGGAACAGAUUCAUGGGUUGGCGUUGAAAAUUGGGUUUGGUUUGGAUAAGUUUGUGCAGAGUAGUUUGGUUAGUAUGUACUCUAAAUGUGGGGAGAUUGAUUCGGCACGUAAAGUGUUUGAUGGAAUGGGUGAUAAGGAUUUGGUUUCUUGGAAUUCGUUGCUGGAUGGGUAUUCAAGGUGUGGGGAAGUUGAGCUGGCAAUGGAAUUGUUUGAACAAAUGCCUGACAGGGAUUCUUUUUCAUGUACUGUACUGAUUGAUGGGUUCUCAAAAUGUGGGAGGAUUGAGAAGGCUAGGGAGAUAUUUAAUCGGAUGCCAGACAGAAAUCUAGUUUCUUGGAAUGCCAUGAUCAAUGGUUAUAUGAAAUCCCGGGAUUUUGUGAUGGCACGCCAAUUGUUUCAUCAGAUGCCAACGAAAAAUCAAAUAACUUGGAAUUCGAUGAUUGCUGGCUAUGAGUUCAAUGGGAAGUUUAUGGAAGCUUUGGAGAUGUUUGAAGAAAUGUUGUCAGAUGGUCUUUUGCCUAGUCAUGUGACAUUGCUUGGUGCUCUUUCUGCAGUUUCAGGAUUAGCUGUCCUCAGUAAGGGAAAAUCGAUUCAUUCUUUCAUGGUGAAAAAUGGAUUUGAAUUAGAUGGUGUUCUUGGCACAUCACUAAUAGAAAUGUAUUCCAAGUGUGGGAGCAUUGACAGUGCUCAAACAGUUUUUAAAACAAUACGCCAGAAGAAGUUGGGGCACUGGACUGCUAUAAUUGUAGGAUUAGGAAUGCAUGGGAUGGCCAACGAAGCUCUUGAGCUAUUUUCUGAAAUGUGCAAGGCUGGAAUGCAGCCUCACGCUAUAACUUUUCUAGGGGUGUUGAAUGCAUGUAGUCAUGCGGGAUUGGUUGAUACUGGUCGUUACUAUUUUAAUAAAAUGAUACACGAUUAUGGUAUUGAACCCACAAUUGAACAUUAUGGUUGCUUAAUAGACAUUUUAUGUCGUGCUGGAUAUCUUGAAGAGGCAAAGAAUAUGAUUGACAGUAUGCCAAUGACGCCGAACAAAGUAAUUUGGAUGAGUUUACUAAGUGGUUCUAGGAAUUAUGGAAAUGUCAACAUUGGUGAGUAUGCAGCUCAUCGUUUGAUGGAAGUGGCUCCAAAUACUAAUGGAUGCUACGUUGUUCUUUCUAACAUGUAUGCUGCAUAUGGUCAGUGGGACAAAGUUUCACAGGUAAGAGAACAAAUGAAAAAGAGAGGAAUCAAAAAGGAGCCAGGAUUCAGUUGUAUAGAGCACAAAGGCGUAAUUCAUGAAUUUGUUGUGGGUGAUAAAUCACAUUCACAAACAAAAGAGAUAUAUUCUAAAUUGAAAGAAAUGAGAGAGAAGCUGUUAUCUAUGGGUCAUGUUCCUGACACAAGCCAAGUUCUAUUGUGUCUUGAAGGGGAGAAAGAGAAGGAAGCUGAACUAGAAAACCACAGCGAGAGGUUGGCCAUUGCUUUCGGUCUCAUCAAUGUAGAACCUGGGAAUCCUAUUCGGAUCAUAAAGAAUCUUCGUGUCUGUAAUGACUGCCAUACCGUAACAAAGCUCCUAUCUGAUAUCUAUAAUAGAGAGAUUAUUGUGAGAGAUACAAGCCGUUUCCAUCAUUUUAAAAACGGGUUAUGUUCUUGCAAAGAUUUUUGGUAACUAUCAAGUUUUGUUGUCUUUCAUUGGGGCUUCGUCGCAUUUUAUUUUUGAGUCGCUUAUGGAGUAAGAGGUUGGAGCAGUGUGAAAAAUAAAAUAAAUCAUCUGCGUUAUUCAUUUCCAGCAGUUUCAAUUGGGUAACAAGUUUGGAUAGCCUUUUGAACAUAGUCUUAUUGAGGAAGGCUGGAAGAAUUAUUAGUAAGCACGGAGGGGAUUCCUAGGAUCGAUAUUGGUUGUAGCCCCUAUAAGAGACAAGUUUUGGGGCAUCUUCCGUUCAUUUCAGUUUGAUUUUAUACCUUCAAGAUCAUCACUCCAGGAGGUUCAUACCCAGGCUGCACUAUCAUUUGCAGGGCAAGUGUUGCAGUGACUAUUUUUUCUAUGAUAAGUACGUCUUUUGUUGCUGUGCAUAAAUUAUAACUCAUGCUUUUACUUUUCUUUUAUAGUUGGCUUACUGCAUUUCCAAAUUCCUUUUUUUUUUUAACCCCUGCUAUGUAGUUAUAAAACAUAUAUAAUCUUUACUGACUUUGUUUUUUGAGCUGAAAACUAAUUUUUUUGUAACGACUUUACUUUUAUCUACUGCAGCGAAGAAUAAUUGAGUAAAUGAAAAAAACCCA